AUGCAACAAUGCAAAGCGGCUUUUCAACUCGAGCAUUCUACCAUGUCGUCUUGCUCCCAAUCCAAGGCAAGGCUCCGCACACAAACUGGGUGUCUACAAUGUCGUAAACGCCGUAAGAAGUGCGACGAAGUCAAGCCUCGGUGCAAGGGAUGCAGUCGCAACGGCCUCCAGUGCACCUGGCCCACGGUCGUGGACCUGGUUGCUGACCGCCGUCGAGCCCCUUGGUCGUGGAAGAGUCAGCGGAGUCUCCCUGGCGGCUUCAGUGACUUGUCUUUACAACCCGCCGACCAUGUCACUUUGUUCUCACAUUUCGCCAACUCAAUCAUGCCGCGGAUAGUCCGGCAGGACUGUCGCCCCGAAUAUUCCAAUCAAGAGUAUAUGCUUCGGCUGGCACAUGUUUCCCCUCCUUUGAUGGCAGUUAUAAUUGCCAUUGCCGCAUUUGAUAUGAAAACGCGGCACUAUGAGCGAUUGGCCAUGGAGAGCUACCGCUUGUCUCUGCACAAUCUGCGAGUUCGGAUAGGGCGUGCGCCGAACGCAGGGAAUGAUGAUGUUUUGUUAGCGACGACCAUUUUCUUGUGCGUAUUUGAGAAUCUCCGGCCCGAUGCACAACUCAAUUUGAACCUGCACGCAACAGCUACUGGUGCGCUUCUCACCCAACGAGAAUCCGCCGAAAUGCAAAUCAGUACUCGGUCGGCCACCACGUUUGAACGGCUCUGUGCAGAAUCCUUUCUCUAUCAUAGUUCGCUUCUGAUGCUGUUCAAUCCGUCUCUGGAUGCGCUGUCAAACGUUGACGACACGCUGAAUUGGGCUCGAUACUUCUCCAACUCCCAAUCCGAAGCCGGGACCUGGUCGAAUAAGACGACUCAUCCGGUUCUCGAUGCACCAUACAACUUGUUCCUUCUCAUUGCUGGCGUGACUCGGCUAGCCCGUGUCUCUCGCCCCUUGAACGAAGGUGAAAUUCAGACGUGGAAGCACCUCAGCUCUCAGCUACUGCAGUUCAAGCAGGUCGCAAACCAGGAUGCCUAUCAGCUACACCUCGAGGCCAUGCAUGUCAUGCUGCUGAAAGUGCAUCCCAUGCUUCCAGAAUCGGAGGUUAUGGAGCAAGUAUACCGUAUUCUGCAACGUGGAUUAGAUGUCCUACAUGUUCUGGAUACACAGAACAAUCUGCUUGGAUACUUGCUCUGGCCCUUAACCGUCCUGGGUUCCAUUGCAGUGGAUUCCCAUACCCGUCACUCACUCCAAAAGAAGAUUGACGAGCUAGCCCACAGACGACACGGGCUUGUUACCCGAACACAAAACUGGCUACACUAUAUUUGGGACUUGCCCCAAGGUGACAGAGCCAUGAUGACAAGACGGGGACUACGGAUUUUAGUCGAGGGCUCCGAAAGUAGUAUCUCUGUUGGCGAGGAAUAUGUGCAGUAA